AGCGUUUCUGUACUUUGGAGUGGUGGAUCAGUCUUUCCAGCACUGAGUUCAUUCUUUGGCUCCACAAAGCAGACAGACAACUGACAGCAACAAGAUGGCCAGAGUUUGUUUACUGGUGCUCAUUGCUGGUUUACUGCUGGAGACGUACGGACUGGAAACCCUUGAGGAGAACACAGGAGCUGUGUUUGUGUCUCAGCAGCAGGCACAUACAGUGCUGCAUCGCCAGCGCAGGUACAACAGCGGCCAUCUUGAAGAACUUCAAAAAGACAACCUGGAGCGGGAAUGCAAUGAGGAAGUCUGCAAUAUGGAGGAGGCCAGAGAGUGGUUUGAGAAUGAUCAGAAAACUAUGGAAUUCUGGGCCGGCUACAUCGAUGGGGACCAAUGUCAGCCACAACCCUGCCAAAAUGGAGGUGAGUGCAAAGAUGGAGUUGAUUCAUACACCUGCUGGUGCAAAGUAAACUUCAGCGGAAAGAACUGUGAGAUUGAGUUGGCAAAGCAGUGUUUGGUCAACAACGGAGACUGUUCCCACUUCUGCGUGAUUCAGGGGGAGCGAGCUGUGUGCAAAUGUGCAGCUGGUUACAAUCUUGGGCAAGACAAGAGGAGCUGUGAACCAACAGUACCAUUCAGCUGUGGUCGAGUGGGUGGGCCUUCUACCCCCAUCACCAGAUCCUUUAAUCCACGAAGCAAUACAGACGGCUCUGAAAGAGAGUUUGGUUUCAACGACACUCUGGAGGAUGACUACGAUAGCAACAAUAUAACACUGUUUGAUUACUACGACACUGCGAUGAAUGAUUCAGACCAUGUCAACACCUCUGUAGCAUCUGCAGUAGAGACAGGUUCCCUGAAAUCAAAUUCAAGCUCCCCCCUAUCUCCGAGCAGUGUCACUGAAGCGCCCAGAGGGAAAAGGGAUCUGUACUGGGCUAGCCCCACACGCCCCACCAUCGUAGAAAAAGAUCUCAAUGACCAGAGGAUUGUGGGAGGUGAUGAGGCUCUUCCUGGAGAGAUACCCUGGCAGGUGGCACUGAUGACUCACUCAGAAGCCCUUCAGAGAGCGCAGCCCUUCUGUGGAGGAUCUCUGCUCAGUGAAUUGUGGGUCAUCACUGCAGCACAUUGUCUAGUGCAGGCUGCUAACCAAAAUUUCUUCGUUAGAGCAGGUGAACAUGACGUGGUCCAAAAUGAGGGUCAUGAGCGAGAUUAUGCGGUGGCAGAAAAGCACAUCCAUCAUAUUUACAAUUACAAGAAGUCCCCGUAUAACCACGAUAUUGCUCUGCUGAAACUCGCCACUCCAGUGGAACUGUCCAGCCGGCGGCGUCCCAUCUGCCUGGGCCCCAAAGACUUUAUAGAAAAUCUAAUGAGUGAUUCCAAGAAGUCCCUGGUGAGCGGUUGGGGACGUGUGAAGUUCCUGGGCCCGGAGGCCAACAAGCUACAGAAGCUGGAGGUCCCCUAUGUGGAUCGCACCACAUGUAAACAGAGCAGCCGGGAACAAGUCACACGCUUUAUGUUCUGUGCAGGUUUCCAAAGUCAACAGAAGGAUUCGUGUCAGGGGGACAGUGGGGGGCCACAUGCAACCAAUUACCAUGGCACUUGGUUUCUGACGGGCAUUGUCAGCUGGGGGGAGGAAUGUGCCAAAGAUGGAAAGUUUGGCAUCUACACCCGAGUCUCACGGUACUAUCCGUGGAUCAGUCAGACAACAGGGAUUCGAAUUAACUGAGGAACGUUGUUAUGCAAAGAAAACAGUCAAGGAAAACAUACAGUAGCAUUUCUUUUUCUGAAUAAAAAAAAAGUCAUCUAAAAUUCUUUUCUCCAGUAAAAUGUAAUCAGAAUAUCUGAGUAUUUGCAUAUUUUUGAAAUCAUAAUAAAUAAUGCUAAAUCAUACUAAAUGAAAAUCCAAUAUUCAAUAUUUGAAUAAAUGCUUACCUCAACCUUAAAGGCACUACACACACACCUACACCUACACCUACACCUACACACACACACACACACACACACACACAUACACACACACACACACACACAAACACACACACACACACACACACACAGGUGUUAAUUAUUAGAUCUCUACUCAGGUUGAAGUUAGGUGGAAUACAGCUGAAGAUUAUACGAUGUCACCAAACUUUUAAAAAUGCCUAAAGACCUGAAUUGGCAAGGUGAAAAUGACGUGCACACUGUGGAAAGAUGCCAGUGAGAAAGAACAGAAAACUAUAUGAAAGAUAUAACCAUAAGCUGCAUGUUGAAAAUGUGUUUUAAACACUCAUCGUUACUCUUCAUUAAUGUUAUUAAUUAAUCCUUCUUGUUCUGCUCCUUGUAUUCUCACAAUGUUGUAUAAACAAUAAUGUACAGUAAAUAAUUUAAUAUGUAAUCUCACCCUCUGUCUUAAAUUGGGUUUAAACUGUAUGAAUAAACAUAAAGUCAAAUAUUA